CUAUAUGAAGAUUAUUUACAAUUUUAUAAAUAUUACAAAUCUCUUCCUCUGUUCCGUUGUAUAUAUUUCGGUUCUCUUCUCAAAAUCUUCGACGACAAGGGGAAGUGCUGAAGGACAUGCGAAGAUUUUGAAAUGAGUAAUCGGACAGGACUUCUUCGAAUUCGCCUCUUGCGAGGCAUCAAUCUCGCCAUUCGUGAUGCUCCCACCCGCAGCAGCGAUCCCUACGUCGUCAUCUCCACCGCUAACCAGAAAUUCAAAUCUCGAGUGGUGAAAAAAAACUGCAAUCCACAAUGGAACGAGGAAUUCACACUCUCAAUUACGGACAUCAACACACCAAUCAAAUUAGCAGUGUUCGACAAAGAUCGGUUCACGAAAGACGACGGAAUGGGGGAUGCAGAGAUCGACAUAAAACCGUACAUAGAGUGUUUGAAUAUGGGAUUAGAGAGUCUGCCGAAGGGUUGUGUGGUGAAAAGGGUCCAACCAAGCAGAUCAAACAACCUUGCAGAUGAGAGCCCUUGCGUUUGGAACGAUGGUAAGAUCAUUCAAGACAUGACUCUCAGAUUACAGAAUGUUGAAUGUGGUGAAAUCGCGAUUCAGAUUCAGUUGUUCAAUGCUUCUGGGAUUAAAGGCAUGAGAACCUACUCUUUAUCCUGAAAAACAUCGCCUCCUCCUUCGAUUUCAUGUUUCCGUGUUCGUCAUUGCGAUGCUCUGUUCCUGCUCCGCUUUCUCAUUUCACACCAAUUCCAGAAAUCAGAUACGUUUGAUUUAGUCGUGAAUGUAAAUUUGCAUUGUGUGUGUUUCUUGUGAAAUGAUUUUGGUUGGCCUACAAGAAGUUUGUACCCCCCCUAGAUUAUUGGUUCAUUUGAAUGUUAUUUUUUCCAUUGUUAUAUUGCGUACGAAUUUGAGGCGUGGACAAAUAUUAAUUCUCUGUAGUAGCUACUGAUUGUGUGAA